UACCUUAUGUAUCGUUUGAAUGAGCUCCUUUUUCUGCUGGCGAGCGCAAGCGCGAGCGCGAGCGUGAGUUUACUCUCGGUAGCAGGAAGUGUGGUUGACUGGAACAAAGAACGUUCUCGGGAGUCUUUCACUUUCCGGCGGUUGAUAUAUCCAAGGUUGGAAGCAGAAUGAGUGCAAUGCACUAGACUCUGAGGUUUCUUUGUUGAUUGCGUGGGUCAAUGCCUCCGCGUACCAAUUGGAGCAAUGUUGACUUUGCU